ACACACACAGAACUGAGAGAAAAAGAAAAAGAAUAAUAAUAAACACCGGCUAAACUCCAAUAAAAAAAAAAAACAAAAAAACAACGGCUUACAUUUUCCGGCUCACAGUGAAGUGAUCAUAAUUAUUUCGCAGUUUAAUUUUUUUUUUAUUACGUAUUUAUCAGAGCUCCUGUUGGUUUCGUUUAGUGCUUCUCAUAAUAAUCGAAAUAUUAAAUUCAAUAUCAACAUCAAAGACACAAGUAGAUAAAUUAUUAUAAAUAAUUAUUGUGUCUGAACAUUUCGUGUCUGAAGCUGCUCCAAAACGUAAAUCAUCCAACACAAAAUUGAAACAAAAAAAGAAGAAGUUGAAGUAUUUUAACAAUGGGUUAUUUAAAAUCAUUGGGAACUGGUUUUGUAUGGAUAUGCACAAUUUUAGCAGCCAUAACAUUUAUACCUGGACUUCCACCUCAAAUUGAAACAACACCAUACAAUGUUAAACAACCAAUGGCAUUGAAUAAAGAAAGAAAUGGUAGAUUAAAUAAUCCUGAAAUACUCUUUGAUGGUGAAAUUCAUGGUCCAGAAUCAUUUGAUAUUUAUGAUGGUGUUUUAUACACUGGUUUACAUGGUGGAGCUGUUGGUAAAAUUGUCAACAAUAAAAUCAUUGAAGUCGUUAAAUUUGGCAAUAAAUGUGAUGGUGUUUAUGAGGAAGAAAAAUGUGGACGUCCUUUGGGUUUGAAAUUUGAUAAAAAUGGUAAACUUUUUGUUGUUGAUGCUUACUAUGGUAUUUUCAAGGUCGAUGUUAAGACUAAAAAAUACGAAAAAAUUAUUGAUUUAACAAAACCAAUUGAUGGAAAAAUUCCAGUACUUGCUAAUAGUAUUGAUAUUGCUAGUAAUGGUGAUUUAUACUGGACAGUUUCUAGUUCUGAUUUUAAAUUAAAUGAUUUAGUUUAUUCAUUUCUUGCUGAUCCAUCAGGAAGAUUAAUUCGUUACAAUGCAGCAACAAAAAAGAAUCAAGUUUUAUUAGAAAAUCUUGGUUUUGCAAAUGGUGUUAAGUUGAGUGAUGAUGAAUCAUUUGUACUUGUUGCUGAAACAUUGUCAUCAAAAAUUAUAAAAUACUUUAUAAAAGGACAAAAAGCUGGUAAAUCUGAAAUUCUUAUUGAUGGCCUUCCUGGAGCUCCAGAUAAUAUUCACAGUGAUGGACAGGGUAAUUUCUUUGUUACUUUUCCAACACUUAUUGAUGAGGAUCAUCCAUUUAUAAGUCAAACAUUAGCACCUCAUUCAAAUUUAAGAAAAAUGCUUCUUCGUUUACUUGGUAUUAUUGAAGCACCAUUUAAAUUAUUUGAGCAAGUCUAUCCAAAUAUUUAUACAAAACGUAUUGUUAAUUAUAUUGGGCACUAUGAAAGUGUACAAGGUACAAGUGAACCAGGUGCAACUGUUAUUAGAUUCGAUGGAAAUGGUAAUAUUUUGGAUAUUCUUGAUAACAAUGAUGAAAAAUUAUCUUUAAUAAGUUCAGCUAUUAUUAAAGAUAAUUAUCUUUAUUUGGGUUCACCAGUUAAUAAAUUUCUUGCACGUGUAUCACUUGCAAAAGCACUUCCUGAUUUUAAGAAAGUUGAUAAAAUUGUUCCAACUAAAAAACCAGUAACAACAACUCCAAAACCAGUAACAAAAACAACUCCAAAACCAACAACAACUACUCCAAAACCAACAACAACAACUACUCCAAAACCAGUAACAACUACAACUCCAAAACCAACAACUACAACAACUCCAAAACCAACAACAACAACUACUCCAAAACCAGCAACAACAACUCAAAAACCAACUCAAAAACCAGCAGAAAAAGUUACAAAACCAAAACCAACAGUUACACCAACAAUAAAACCAGUUGUUGAAAAAGUUGAUGAACAAAUUAAAAAUACUGUUAAAACACCACCAAAACCUGUCAAGAAUACUAAACAACCAGAUAUUAAACCAGUCAAAGAAGAAACAUUUGAAACUAAAAAUCAACAAAAAAAACCAAUAAGAGAUGAAAUGUAAAUUUCAAUUAAUGUCUUUCUUUUUUCCAUUAUUUCUUCAAAUAAACAAUUUUUUAAAAGUUCCACUUGAAGAAACAAAAAAUAUAUUGGAUCAAAAUAUUGGAUUUAAUAUCCAAAGACUGAUCUUUCAACAUAUCAACAGUGAUGUCACACUGUUUAUAAAUGUUAAAUUUUUUUUCUACAAAAGUUUUCCAAUUAUUAUUAAGUACAUUCCGUAGUUUAAAUUUAUUCUAGAAUUUUUUAUAUUAAUUAAAAUGAAAUUAAAAAAUUCUAAAAAAGUAAUUUAUGAUGAAAAAUAAAUAAAUUUCGUACUACUGUGAUGUUACUAUGUUAAUUUAUAAAUUUUUUUGACAUUUGUAAAUAACAUUAAGUUACUUGAAUGUUAUUUUUUCCAAUUCAAAUAAUAUAUAACUUAGUAGCUAUGAAUUUUCAAUACCAGUUUAACGAAAAAUAAUCAAUUUAUUAAAUUAAAUAUGUGUGUUAUUGAAAAUUAAGUGGAUUUAUUGUUAAAAAUUUAAUUAAAAUAUCUAAAACGUUUAUAAAUAAAAAAAAAUAUAUAUAAUUAAUUAA